AUGAGCUUCUGUCUUAUCCUCUGCAUUCUCCAGUCUAUUGACUCGCUCAGUGCCCACAAGGGCCCCGUGGGUGCCAACACCGCACUAUGUAGGUCCUACUAUCUCCCCCAGCCUGUCGGUAGAGUGCAGAUCAGGCCAGAGGGGGCCGAAGCACUUCCAGCCACCGCUGGUGUCGAUGAUGGUCGUUUUGGCAAGAAGAUCCAGAAAAGGCAGCUCGAGGUCCCUGAGUAUGCGGCGAGCUUUGUCAAUUACAAGGCGUUGAAGAAGCUCAUCAAGAAGCUCUCUGCGACGCCGACCAUUCCAACCCAAAAUGAUCUUCAGCGCCCACCCGGGGUUAUAGAUUCCCAAGCAGCCUUGCAAGCAAACAAAGCUACGUUCUUCUUCCAGCUGGUAAGUCAGGCCCCUCUUGUAGGAGGAAGUCGUGCUAAGAUGGCGAAAAAGGAACGAGAACUCGAGAAAGUCAACGCAUUUUAUCUCCAGAAAGAGGCCGAGCUCAACAUUCGGCUCAAGACGCUAUUGGACAAGAAGAAGGUCCUCCAGUCUCGCAGUGGGAGCACGUCCAGGCGCUCUGCGAAGUUUACGACGUUAGAAGAAGGCUUCCAGCAAUUCGGCAACGAUCUCAAUAAUCUCCAGCAAUUUGUUGAAGUCAAUGGAACUGCCUUCUCUAAGAUCCUGAAGAAGUGGGAUAAGACGUCGAAAUCCAAAACCAAGGAGCUUUAUCUUUCCCGUGCUGUCGAAGUUCAGCCCUUCUUCAAUGCUACGGUCAUUAGCGAACUGUCCGACCAGGCUACUACGAGUCUUCAAGAACUUGGUGCGUGGGCCGAGGGAGAUAAUAUCAACUUCGAACGCAGCUCCGAGCAUAUCGUGAGCAGCCAGCAUCUAUUAGGAACGGACGAGGGCGAUGCCGAUACGCUGCUCCUAGACACUGUGAUCUCCGGGAACCUCGAGGCUCUCAAAGAUCUGCUUCUGAGAUUAAAGACGGCGGCAGAUCCAAAUGGCUCCCGAGAUAUUGCGCUACUAGAGCGGAUUACCAGAACCUUUUUGUCUGCGAUUAACGAAGCACCAGAAGCGUCAUUACAACUCCUUCUGGAUACUGGCCUGGUCGAUGUUCAAUCCGAGGAUGAUAUCAACGAGCGAAAUUGUCUUCAUCAAACUGCCAUAUAUGGCAACUCCUUUGUUCUCGGGGUUGGACUGUCGAAUGGAGUGGCAGUAAAUCGUACAGAUGUCUAUGGACGGGUCCCUCUGCAUUAUGCUUGUAUGCAUGGCCGGUUGGACAUGAUGGAGGCUCUGUUAAACGCCGAUCAAGCAACUAUUGAUUUAAUUGAUCACGACAACUUCACGCCCUUAGUUCAUGCAAUCAUACAUGGACACUAUGAGUGCGCCAAAAGACUACUGAACCGGUCCGCUCGUAUUGAUCCAAUCUCUGACAACGACCAUGUACCACUGAAUUUAGCUUGCGAACAUGGAUCUCUAGCAAUAGUCGAGUUGCUCUUGCAGCAUGGAGCUGCAAUCUUACCGGAUGCCGAAGGGCUGUAUCCACAACAUCUUGUCGCCCGCUCUGGCCAAACCCCACAGUUACUUCUUCUGCUGAAAGACUACGGCGCAGAUCUAGAUCAAAUCGACAAGCUCUAUUCUUGGACGCCUUUAUUCCAUGCUGCAAGCGAAGGCAAUGUACCCUGUAUGCGAACACUGCUCGAGGUCGGAGUCGAGACCAAGCUUCAGGAUGAGAAAGGCCUUCCUGCAAUGUAUUAUGCAGCAUGGGAAGGGCACUUGGAGUGCAUGAAGUUGUUAUCGUCCACAUCAGUUGAGAUGCGGAAACUAAGACAGCCAAUGCAAGACACCCAGCUCGGGCAAUUUACUGGGAGUAGUGCGCCAAUGCCAAUGAGCAUUGAUGCGGACGGUAUCCCAGAGCUCGAGCUUCCUCCUCCUAUAAUUCCGCUAAGACGAUACGGCCACAACUUCCUCGACACCAAGACGUUUGUACAGAUUAGCUUCGAAGAAAAUGGCGAGCAACCGAUGGUCUUCUUCCACGAUAGCAAAUAUCCUGCAGCUCGUCUUACUAUUUCUUCGAAACUAUCCGAUUUGAUACCCAAGAAUAUUUUGCUCCCAUUCCAGGAAGAUACCCGGCUUGUUUCAUUUCAGAUUGAUAACUUAGACUCCUUCGCCAUUGAUUUCGAUGUCUUUCCUACAUAUGGCGCAAAGGUUAUUGCCAAAACAGUUGCAUUACCCAGCACGUUCCGAGCAUUGCGGAGUAGCUCCGGGCGCUGUUGCCUUCCCCUCUUCGAUCCAAGGCUAAGGGCCAUUGGACAAAUUACUUUUAAUUUCCAAGUAAUCAAACCAUUCCAGGGCAAGCCAUUGGAAAUCACAGAUUUUGAGACAUAUUGGAAGGCCACAAGUCAAUUCGACCACAGACCAUCCGCAUUUAUCACUGGUUCAAGUCUGUCGGGGCAUUAUGUGCAACUAUUUGUCCAGCAUACUUGCGAUGGUGUACCUGUGCUCUGGCCAAGAUGGACGAUGGGCUAUAUGGAUAUCGAGUUUCCAGUGAGCCGUCUGACUUAUGCCCAAUUUGUCAGUGCUGGCUCACGCUACGCGAAGGCGGGAGACUUAUUAGAGCUCCCUAACUUACCGUUGGAAAAUAUUGAACAAGUUCAUCAGAUUCUAUCCAACUCCGCUGUGUCUCUCCAAAAUGCAUUGGAUCUUUUACCAAAGGGCAUGCAUGUCAACCUCCAGGUGCUGUAUCCCUCCUCUGAGGAGGAGGAAACACUUCGUUUGGGGCCAACAAUCAACAUCAACACAUUUGGGGAUGCAAUCCUUGGAGUCGUCUUCGACCAUGCAAGAGCCCUCCGAGAAAGAUCUCCAGAUGCGAUGAGAUCCAUUGUUUUUAGCUCAUAUAGUCCCACUGUCUGUACGGCAUUAAAUUGGAAGCAGCCAAACUAUCCCGUGUUUCUCUGCAACGACCUAGGGAGCGACAGCCAGAGGUCAGGUACUUCGGUGGCUGUAACGACCAGCGGGAGAAGAACAACGUCUAUCAAGGAGGCAGUUCGGAUUGCCCAAGAUAACAAUUUUAUGGGCUUGAUUUGCGUUUCGAGACUCCUAGACAUGGUGCCAGCAUUAGUUGAAGCGAUCAAAGCACAAGGGCUUGUUCUCGUUACGGAUGAGACUGGAGAACCGCCCGAGAGAGGGAAUCAUAAUGACCCCUUCCCGAGCCUUCCAGAUGGUAUAGAUGGGGUGCUGAAGGCGAACGGGGUGUUGAGGUUUAAUGAGAGUAUAGAUAUGUAG